UGGGGCUGGGGUUGGGGCUGGGGGCUGUGGUCGGGGUUGAUCGGUCCAUGCAAAUGUUCUGAGAGCGAGAGAUAAUCAUGAUUGAUAGGCUAGCUGUGCUUCUUGUUCCCCUCUCUUUCUUUUUUUCUCAUUUUCUUGCUCUCCCUCGUUUGCAUUCUGAAAAGUUGAAAGGGCAACUGUCUGUCACACUGAAUAAUAACAUGGAACAGAGUCACUGGAUCAGAGAACCGAGUCGCUGGAUCAGAGACACUGGAACAGAGUCACUGGAACAGAGUCACUGGACAGAGUUACUGUCAUUGUUCCGUUGUUUUCCUUCUCCUUUCUACUGUGUUGCAUCUCAUGCAGUCAUCCCAUGACAUUGCUUUCUCCAAACCAGUGCUAGAACAGCACUGAGAGUCUGUAGGAAAAAAACAUGUUGAAGGUAAAGCUUUUCUAUUUUUUUGUCAUGUCCUUCUCUAGCUCUGGUCCAGGGCGAUAGUGCACGUUCGGAGGCAGAGGCAACUCGUUGUUGUCGUCAUGAUGGACCAGAGCUAGUCCUUUUCUAGCUGUAUAAAGAACCCCAGGCACCAUGAUGAUGCCUAUACAGAGUCCCAGUAGCAUUCUCAAUAUGAAUUGAACUCCUUAUUUUAGUGGUGAAUCAGGUGACUUUGUCUGGGGCUACAACAGCGAUGUGUGCUGUUGUGGAUAAGGGAGGACUGGAGUUGGGAUCCACUGACCUAUAUAGGGUGCCAUCUUGGAUGCACAACGUAGCCUCUAUUACUCAUGUUAAAUAAACCCCUCCAGAUCAGUUGAACCUGUCAGAGUGAGACUUUUUUCCAAACCCGCCUUUUGUUUCUGUUUUUCUUUCUUAGUAUCCUUGUGGUAUGAGUUAUGAGUGAGUAUUUGUUUGCAAUACUGCAUCCCCUGUUUCCAGUUGCAUUUAUGUGGUUAAAUGUUGCUCUAUGUAAUGUAUCUAAACUACACAGCCAGCGCAGACACAUAGCACCCAACACACCGCAUCAUUACAUACUCAGAUGUCAUAGAAGGAUAUGGAACGGAUUGUGUGCGUCCAUUAUGCCACCCAAUACCCAUACAGUGCAUUACUUUUGACUAGGGACCAUCGGGCUAUGUAGGGAAUAGGGUGCCAUUUGGGACAAAGUCAUUGAUUCACAGCCUGUAGGCCAGUGGAGGCUUCUGAGGGGAGGACGGCUCAUAAUGGGGGGAAUGAAGCGAAUGGAAUCGCAUCAAACACAUGGAAGCCAUGUGUUUGGUUUUGUUGAUACCAUUUCACCUAUUCCGCUCCAGUCAUUACCAUGAGCCCGUCCUCCCCAAUCAAGGUGCCACCAACCUCCUGUGAUGUAGGUUAGCUUAUAUCCACUCAUAUCACACCCUGCAGACAUCAUCAAUUCCAGGUACAUUUCACAGAGCUUUGCAGAAUGCAUAGAGUACACUUGUUCACUGUUAACCUUGCUUGGCUCCCCUUGUGUCCACAUGGAGCUAAAUAUAAAUGUCUGUUUGUAUACUAUUAUUAUCACCUGACCAUGUGACUGUGAGCAUCCCCCCCAUAAUGCUAUUCUGUCAGAAUGUGCACAGUUGAGGAUCAACACUGGCCAACCCACGUCUGCCUGGUUCAAUCACAACUGAACUGAGUCCCAAAUGACACCAUAUUUCCCUUUAUAGUGCACUACUUUUGCCAUAGCCCUAUGGGUAGUCUCUCUAGACAUCUAGCUGUUGCCUAUGGCCUGGUUUUCUAGACUACACUGUGGGUGCAAUUUUGGGACUGAACCCAACUCCCACCUUCCUAUCUAUUUAUAAUCUGCCUAAUAACAUGACUCUAGAGGGAUUGAAUUUCAUACCCCACUCUCUUUCCGUCCUUCCCUCUCUUCUCUCUUUCACUUCCUCCCUUCCUGUCUCUUUCUAGAAUCCUGGUGUGGUGUGUUGUGGGGGACACUGUCACUUCAGGAGGAGACCCCCAGAGGGGGAGGGGAUGUCUAUGUUUGUCCGUGUAAGCCUAAUACUAUCCACCAUUUAUGACAUCAUCAGAAGGUGCCUCCAUGCCUUGGUGAGAGCAGUAGUAACACCAGAAGAAGAGAAGGGACAGUGGGCCAUGGAGGAGCUGCUGACCCCCAGACAACAUACUGCUAGGCAGAUCAAGGCCCGUUUCCUGGAGGCCCUACAGACCAACAACGUAACGGAGGUCCUGGAGAUACUGUACACCACCAACCUGGACAUUGACACUGUGCUGGAGGUGGAGGACAAACGCAUGGUCCUGGCCUCAUACAAGCAAGGUUUCUGGUUGCCAGACUACAAGCUAGAGUGUUCAUGGGCGAUGGGCCUCCACGUCUGUGUAAUGUACAACUACCUGGAGACAGCCCUGGUGCUGCUGCAGAAGGGGGCGGCGGUUAACAGGAAGCCCAAUGGGAAGACCCCACUUCACGUGGCCUGUACGGUCGCCCACGGUGACUGUGUGGCCCUGUUAUUGGGCCACGGGGCGAGGGUCAACAGCCUGUCUCUGAGUGGACACACACCACUACACUACUGUAUAACUAAAGAGUCUGUGGACUGUGCCAAGCAACUCAUCCUUAAUGGGGGCAAUGUGAACAAGCCCAGUCAGAGCAAAGACGAGGACACACCUUUACACACGGCAGCCCGCCUGGGCAUCCCUGAGCUGGUGGCUCUCUACAUCUCCCACGGGGCCCAGGUGGACGCGGUCAACUCCCUCCAGGAGACGCCCCUGAUCACUGCAGCCUUCUGGGCCCUGGACAUCCGUGAACAGACCUACAGCGAGGACCACCACCUGGUCUGCCGCAUUCUGCUAGACCACGGUGCAGACCCUAACCUGUAUGAAGACGACUAUAAGACAGCCCUGCACAAGGCCUCCUGGAACUGUGACCAUGUGCUGAUGCAGAUGCUGCUGGAGGCGGGGGCGAACACUACGACCAUGGACAUCAACGGCUGUGAACCCAUCCAGUACGUCCUGAAGGUCACCUCCGUCAGGCCCAUGGCUAUCCCUGAGCUCUGUUACCAGCUGCUGCUCAACUUCGGAGCUCCACGGGUCUACCCGCCGCAGUUCCACAAGGUGUUGCAGGCCUGCCAUGAGUGUCCCAAUGCAGUGGAAGUCAUGAUGAACUCAUAUGAGUGUAUCAAACCCACCAACAAGUGGAGAUCAUCCAUUCCUGACGCCUCCUACAAGCAACAUGAGGAAUUCUAUGAGUCCAUGUUUGCUGUGUGCUCCAACACGCCUCGUUGUCUGAUGCACCAGGCCCGGUGUGCUGUCAGGAGGGCUAUGGAGAACCGCUGUCACUCUGGGCUGGCCGGUCUAGCGGAAAUCACUCAGUUCUGCCUCCAGGACAAGACUCAUCCCAAUGAACAUCAACCUGCUGACUGAGUUGGCAGCUCUCCAGGAAUGGACUCUGUUACUGAAAACAAGUGGUGAAAGGGGGUGGAAUGGGGGAGGUCAGAGUCAGGGAGUACAGUGCCUUUGUAAAAGUAUUCAUCCCCCUUGGUGUUUUUCCUAUUUUGUUGCAUUACA